AUGGAAUCUAUAUAUGGAAUCACAGGAGCAAAUGGAAGACAUAACUGCUUGUUUUGCCAUAUAACAUCACAAGAAAUGAAAAUUCCUCGACAAGAAAGAUUUAGUAUAGCACCGCGUACAUUGGAAUCAUUAUCUAAUGACCUCCAGAGAUUUAAUGAGGCUGGUGGCGAUAUUAAGAGGGCAAAGGAGUUUAACAAGGUUAUAUGCAAGAGAUUGUUCAAUGUUUCUAUUGAUCAGAUAGCAUUGCCUGCCUUACAUAUUUCCCUUGGUACAUUUCUGAAAUUUUUCAACAUGUUGGAAUCAGAAUGUAUGAAUCUCGACAUCAAAUUAGCUGCCAGUACUGCUGUUUCGAAAAGCAAGAACAAGAUUUUAAGCUUUAACGACUCUAUUGCCAUUUGCAAUAAGAUCAAGGAUUGUGAGAAAACUGCGAAAGAUUGUGAAGAAAAAAUUGGCCUUAUUCACGAAGCAAUUGCACUCAAUAUCCUGAAAAAACCUGAAACCGAGCAGCAUAUUAAAGAUAUUUAUGAACCACGCAUUGACUUUCUACAAAGAAAAAUGACUGAAAAAACAUCUGAAGCAGAAGGACUACGAAAAGAACACAAUCUAAUGCAGGCAAGUGGGCCAUGUGUUGAAAAACUUGACGAGAUAUUAAAAAAAUUAAACGUUGAACGACAAGCCUACCAUGGAAAAAGUUUUGUUGGCAACCAUGUCCAUAAAAUGUUGAAGGAUGGUAACAUAAUACAGAUAUGCAAUUCCAUCCCAAAGCUAGUGUAUGACAUGGGACAUCAGGGGAAUGAAAUUCACAUGGAGUCUGUUGAAGUUUGCAGAAAGUACAAGCAACUGUUCUCCUGUUACGCAAAAUGUCACAAUUUGAUAAACAGUAGAAACGAUUUUGGCCCACAGUUAAUUUCUGAAUUAGAGCAAUCUAUUGACAAACUGAUGGCUUUCCUGCGUACUAAUUGGCCAGAUGUUACGAUAACGCCAAAGCUACACAUGCUAGAGGACCAUGCCGUAGAUUUUAUGAGAAAGUGGGGUACUGGCUUUGGAUUUUAUGGUGAGCAGGGUGCUGAGAGCAUACACCCUAUGUUUAACAAGUUAAUGAGCACAUACCAACACAUGAAGCCAGCAAGCAGACGUGUCGAGGCCAUGCUUCGAGAGCACCUCACAAGGAUUAACCCCAAUGCCCAGAAACUACGUCCUAUAAUAAGAAAGAGGAAACAUGAGGAAUAA